AAAAAAAGAAUACGCCGCGCAAUUGUUUUCAAUUGCUUGAUAUUGUUUCUGUGAUCGUGACAAUAAUGGAUAUAAUUGCCAGUGUUGAAAAGUUAAUUUGUAAUUAAAUUCGAUGUAAAGAUAGAUCGAGUCGUUGGAAUACGGUUCAAACGUGCUUCAAUCAUAUUUGCUCUUUGGAAUCAGUGCAGUCACAGCUAAUGCUUUUUAUAUUGUGUUUAUAAUUUUUUUUUCUUCGCGUUUUUCCCGUUUUCCUUGAAUUACUUUUCGGUUCAAACCCAGAGAAGAAAAAAAGAAUUCGUCUCAUAUUUUAGAAUUUAUGUUUUAUGUAACAGUGAGCAAAAAAUCGGAACACAAAUAAUCCGGUUUUUAUUUCUAUGUGCCUCAUCAUUUUUAUCCGUUGAAAUCAUUAUUAAUUUUAUGUGCCAGAGCCAACAACACAAACCGCAGAUUUAUUUUAAUCAACGAUUUUACAACAUUUUAUUUGCCAAACAUCAUCUUGACCAACACAUCAUAAGCUGAUAUUUGUUUUCCACGUUCGUUGCCGUUGCCGCUGCUGCUAAACUGAAACAUCACAAUGGCUUGGACAGAGGUGAGUUAGAUCUUUUUUCAUCUUGUUUUUAUUUGGUUCUAGCGAGAAAAAAACCGCUUCAUUUUGGCAGUUUGACGUCUGAAAUUUGCGUCUGGGUGAAUGAGGGAAAACAUGGUCAAAUAAAAACUGUAACAUGCUCUCGAAAUUUGAAAUAUGAUUCACCGACGUUUGUUGUUGUUGUUUUUUUUCUCGAUGGAACUGUCGAAAAGGGAAAACAAUUGCAAAUUCCCGAGAUAAAAUGCAAUUUUAGCGGUUCGAUUGUACAAAAUGCAAUAAGCCGCCUACAGCGCGCACGACUGGUCAUUAAACAGCGAGCAUUUUAUCUAUGCUUUUGCAUCCCAGUGGGAAUGGAACGAUUCGAUUGGGGGAAACAACUAGAAAAUGUAUACCUUGAACCAACACACACACACAUAAGCCGACAUAGAGAGAAAAUGCCAAAAUCGAAUAAACCAAACGGUUCAGUUCAAUUUAGGUGUCGCACUGCAGCAAAAGUACUUGUUUGCUUUGGCACCAAAUCCCAGCUAUCAUUGCAUUCUUGGCCACCAUUCGCAGAUAUGCGCGUUUUUGCUGAUCCCCAUUUUACGGGUUUAAAAUGUUUUAAAAGCAAACAAAAUCUGUUGUGAAUGCUCUCAAGCGGCGAGGUGUUUCUUCGUUUUGUUGAACUGUAUUGUGGUAGCAGCCACUUUUUGCAUCCCUGCCAUGUCAAAUUUGAAAGCAGGUCACAUGUUUGUCGAGCCGAGUUUAAUUAAACGGCUUUUUGGCAAUGGUGGCCUCCACUCGUUCAUUAUCCUGUCUGCGAAAACGAUUUCGGUCGAUAAUGCGUUGGUUUCGGAAGUCAAAAAUUGGAAAUGGGUUUUCUCAUCAAAUAAAAUCAAGCGAGAAAAAAAAGACUAAUGUGAAAAUAUAUAAUGAAAAAUUCCAAUGGCGUGGGAAUAAAAUGAGGUUCAUGGUAAUAUUGUGUUGAACGCUCAUCAAAACAAAAGUUAAUAACGUCCUACAUUGUUUAAUCACAUUCAUUAAAUAUGUCACUGUCAUUCAAUCAAUUUUUCAUCGUCGCAACAUCAUUGUUGCCGUUGCGCGAGCUCAACUCUUUGAGGGAGAGAAAAGUAAGUAGCCUCGCACAGAAAAACCAACAAUAAGGUUGAACUGAUUAAAGGAAGAACGACGAUUCGGGUCAAGGUUAUAUCAACAUGGUUUUUGUUUGCAUUUUCUUGUGUGCAGAAAUUUGUGUGCCUUGACUUGCAUGCAAGAUGCAACUGCUGCCACUGCUGCUACUGCUGUUGCUGUACAAUCAUUUUCUCGACUUUUCCGCCCAACUUUUCCACAUAAACUGAAAGCAAAAAAUUUACCAGAGAUAUAAAAAUAUGUGUGUAUGUGAAUUUCGAUACAAAAAAAAUUUUCCUUCGCCUGUUGUUGUACAUAUUUUGCUGUGUUCUGUUUGCUGGUUUGGUGCUAUUGGUGCUAUUGCUGCUGAUUUUAUGGGUGAGUCGUGUACAUAUCGGGCUCGCUGGAGAUACGCAACGAUUAUACAUGCGCCAACAUGGGAAUCACAUGUACAUUUUGCGAGUGAUGCCAUCGUUAUGAUGCUCAAUACGAAACCGUAAUUGGAGCUGUUGUUGUUCUCUCGACAAACACGCUCGCUGACCCACUAACACGAUCUCACUAAUUUAUUGCAAUGGCUUCGAAUUAUGCGAAAUGCACUAGUAGUACACCCAUCUCAGUCUCUCUCUCUCUCUGCAUCCCAUCGUAAUACUAUGUAUUCAUUCUUCAUUGCUACUGAUGCAAUUCCCAAUCACACUCACUUUGCGCAUCAAUAAAAAUCAAUUGGAAAUGUUUUAGUUUUAUAUUUUCAAUUCGUUUGAACAGCAUUUGUGCCUUCCGCGUUACGAUGAGAGACAUAUGGAUUCUGGAUGCAGUCAACAUUGUCGCUAUUUUGGGUCGGGUUAUGCAAUCAUAAAAUAGUACGGUUCGCAAAUGAUGUUGUUGUCGUCGUCGUCGUUUGUUUUGUGUUUUGGGCGAUUAUUCAGUAGUUGUCGUCGCUAGCGACCGUACACACCCGAAUGCGGAAGUCAUUUAUUGUUGAAUUGUGCUUUGUUCAGCUGUCAUUUGCUGAUGAUAUGCACUUUAUUUUUUCCGCCACAUAAAAUUGAUGCAACCGAUUGUUUCUCGUGUUCGUGUAUGGCCAUUUGUGUAACUAAGUAAACCGCAACCGAAAUCCAUUCCAAGUGUUCGCUUGAUUGAUUGCGCUUUUUCAAUCGAUUCGGAAUCAUCAAUCGCUCUGUCCCGCCAGUUCGAAUAUGGUAAUGAUUCAGUAUCUGCCCAACCGUAUUUUAGAGGCAAUUCAUUCGAAUACACACGCGCAAUGUUCAAGUUGAAAAUAACAAUCUCAUUAGAUGUAUCUCAAUUUAAUAUGCGUUGCAGAGAGGCAACAAAAAAGAGGAAUUGCUUCGGAAAUAAAGUGUCAUUAAUUUAAAUGGCGCAAAAUGAAUGUGCGAGUGUCGUUCGGCGAACGACAAGAGCAAAAGCGACAGCAAAUAGAAAAGAUAGAGAGCGAAAAAACUUGAACCGAAGUCAUUAUGAGCUUUAUUAUCUGUUCGUCUAUUUUACUGCUGCGAUUCCAAACCAUUGUUAUAUAUCCUUAUUCUUGUUCUAUUUUUUUCUGUUUGCAUGAAAAUUCAAACUUUUUCCAUUUUCUCAAGUGACACAGACCAUCAAGAGCAAAAAAAAAUUGAGACGAAGAAUUGCGAUUGAAUGGUGUGCGGUUUUUGUGAGUUUGACGCAAUCGCGGUUAAAAAAUCGUGGAAAACGGGAGACAAUGAAAUGUUGAUGCGGAAUAAAAUUGAAGGUUUUAAUGUGGCUGAAAGGGAGAGAGACAGAGCGACAUAAAUACGAAAAGAGACAGAGAGAGAGAGAGCUGGGCUUAAAAUUAUGUGUCAGUUCAAAUUUAACGGCGUCACCAUGUCAUCGUGCUAUGAAAUAUUAUGGGUCAGGCAAAUGAUGUUGGUGCAGGUUGUGGUUUUUGCACCAAGACUCAGAUGAAAUUGACAUUACGAACAAAAUGAUGACAUUUUCAUAUGUGUUCAUGCUCUCAAAUAUCACACAUACUCUAGUUGUGCCAUUGCCAGCGCGACACCCAGACACCUCGUCACAUCUCGAUAAACUGGUACAAACGCAAAUAUCUGGCUGAUAUUGUGUGUUUGCCAUUCGUGAUUUAUCGUAGAAAUUAUGGACUAGUGAAGUGAUGAAAUCCGAACCAAUUUAUUAUGUGUGAAGGCUCUUUCUCUCUCUUGCUUGCUCAUAUGCAGUAAUAUUCCACUCGUCCAACUGAACUGACCUAGAAAUUCUUGUGUAAAGUACUUGUCAAAUUGGGUUAAUGCAAACAAGAGCGAUGCUACUCUAAUUGUAAACUAUCCCUCAAACACAUCAAGUAGAUAAACAAAUCCACCUCGACUCAUUGGAGACGACCGAGUUUGAACUUUGGAACUAUUUACCGAUGAUGAUGAUGAUUCAUUCAGGACUCUUGUCUCCUUUGAAUAGCUCAAGGCGAUAUAUUCGACAUUUUUAUGGUCAGUUCCCUAUGAGUCAUCCCAUUGCUUUGGAUCGAUAAUAACUUGAUUCGAAAAGAGUUUAAAUUUCACAAGGCAAAGAGAAAAAAUCUCUUGUCUUCGGCACAUCGCAUGCAAACCGGUUGCAAACAAGGGAACAAGCUGCUUGCGUUUGUUGUUUUUUCUUUCUUCUUUAAAUUCAGCUCAUCGCAUUCGUGAUAUCGUUUUUGUACUCGAUGAUGCAAGCAAACAGCACGGUGUUCGCAAACGAUGUGUACGCAACUAAAUACACCGUUCAAAGUGAUUUUGUGCGCUUGCGGUUACGGUUGUGUUAUUUUAUUUCUUCUCGUUUGAUAAGGUGCGCUUUGUUUUAGCGAUCGUAGGUUGUGUUUGAACGAAACUUUUGUGAAUUUUUUUGCAUUCAAAGUGAUUUUAAUUUUAAUAUCACCGAAAAUUCAGUCGAAGUUGAUAAGUUCACAGAGGUAAAAAAAAUUCUGCCAAAUCAAGUGGGAAACGAAAGAAAAAAAGAAUCAACGACUUAAAAAGAAAGCUAAAAUAAAGAAGGUUUUUAGCUCGAUUCUUCGCAAUAACAUUUUUAGUUCACGUCAUUGUGUUUGCUGCAAAUUCGAUUGACUUUUGAAACAGAGUUUCAUGACUUGUGUGCAUUUCAUUUUCUUCGUUUUCGUGAAAUCAGAUGCGUUUAUUUAUGGAAAAAAGUCCAAAUUAAAUGGCACAGUCCUGAAAAAAAGAAACCAUUCUAAAGAAAAAUCUUCUAUGCGAACGAGCUAAGCAAGUUUUUGUUUUUCAGAUCAAGAACGAGCGAAUCGGUUGGCAAAAGAGAAAGAAAACCCGUUUCGAAUUCUUUUGAUUUCUUCACAAAAAGGCACACAGAGAAAUAAUAUCUGCAUUAGUAAACGGUUCACGACAUAAUCGCGCGCACACAGCCAAUAACAUUCGAUCAUAUGAAGAUUUUUUUUUAUGAACUGUGUCCGUUCAUAAAAUAAACAAAAAUAAAAAUUGCAUUGAAAUCAAAAAAAUGAAUACGUGUGUAAAAUGAGAUUUAGUUUGAUGUCUCAAUUUCUUCUUCGUAAUUUUAUCCACUUCGAUUCCAUUCACACUGUAUUCCAUUGCCAUCGCUAAAGACAUUCCUCAAACAGUAAAUUGCCUGAAAUGCCACACGGCAAGAACGUCGCAUUCCAAUCGAUGCUAUCAAAAAUGUGUGCACAAAAAUCAAUGUUUAACAUUACAUCGAAAAUAUUUUUCGUUCACAUACUUGUCCCGCAGUCUCUCUCUCUCUCUAUCGCUCUCACUUCCCACCGUACAAAAGAGCACACGUUGAUCGUAUGUCAUGUCGAAUAUAAUGCGAAGCGCAUGAUGUUAAAUUCUAUUAGAAUACACGAUAGAAUGACAAAAACAACAACGACAAAACAAUGCGAUAGAGAGAUUUACCGUUUUCUCUCAUUCAUUAUACGGUGUGUGUAUGUGUGCGGUGUACGGUGUGAUGCGGUAUAUAUGUGUGUAGCUUUCUUCGUAUUGUGUAAAAAUUUAUGUUCUCGGCGUUCCCGUUCAGCGACAAUAAUCGUCGGUAUUAUUCAACUAAAGCCAAAGAGUGUACCCAAAUGGCAAACACUAACAUUCACAACACACAUACGGACACGUAAAGAACGACAAAGCAAGAAAGAGAUAGACACACAGAGAGAGAAAGAGAGACUAAACGGCUGAAGGCAUUUAAGGUGUAACCUGUUUGAUGCGAUUCUAUUGCACAUGGCAUAACAGCAUAUCGGCCAUUUACCAUUGCCAUUUAUUCAAAUAAGUCGUUGGACGCGUUCACACUUAUACACCUGUCGAAGCCGAAACCGUUCUCAGGCAACAGCGAUAAAGCAGCCGAGCGCAGCGCGAAUGAGCGUGGGGCCGUGGUGACUCUAGACCCAAUCUAUCAGCUCGACUGAAUGUAGAUUUUGGGUGGAGUAUAGGCUUUGAAAAUGAAAAAAAAAAUAAGCAACAGAAACCAGCUGCUGCGUAAUUCCGCGACAUCCGACAAGCACAACAACAGAAGCAGAAAAAAAAACCAGCAUACACAACGGAAAAGCGAUAUAUAUAAAACUUGUUUCGGUUGAGUUCAUUGCGCACAGAGUGCGCCGAGAGUUCGUUGAGUGUUGCGCGACGCGAUUCCAUCCGAUGCGAGUGACACGUUCACUCACUUUAUUACCAAUUCGGUGCUUCUUUCUUUCUCGCCUCAUUCUAUUGCACGCAUUUGCGUGUAUCAAUUUGUGUCGUUGUCGUUUUUUUUGAGCUCAUCAAAAACGAAACAUUUUCCCAUACUUUCUUUAUUUGUUGGAAUUAAUUCGAAUAAAAUCAUCAAUGAAUUGACAUCUUUAGCUUGUGUCCCGCUCUCUUCGGGCAAAAUACUGUGAAUUAGAAUCGUUUCAUCAAAAGAGUUUCUGAAAUUGGUCGUGCGAUCGUGAUGCAUGGAAAGUAAAAGAAAUUACACGGUUUUAAAAUCGAACGGGUUUCGCGUCUCUUGUUCGAAAAGAAGAAGAAGAAGAAACAUUGGCACACAAGAGUUGGAAAUUCUUUCAAUCGUUACAUAGUUUUUACCAAAUUUAGCGUAAUGUGUGAAUUGUGAAGUACGAAUAAUCACGCAAUCGCCAAGUGAAAGAGGCCUCGCACCGUAUAAAGUUUGUUUUUUUUUGUUCCAAACCAAAAACGGAAGGAAGAAGUGAGAUAGUGCUAACGAUUUGAACGAAGAAAGCCACCAGUGAAUAGAAAAUAAGAAGCUCGCAAUCGAAUCAACCAAUGACACGAAAGAAAUGAACGACCGUUUAACAAUUCAUUGUGUGUUUGUGUGUAACUUGAAUGCGGUGUUCAAAAUAGCAUAAACGCUCUCUGUAUUUCCUGUCUGCAUGCAAUUUCAUUCAUACGGCUAAAUCAAUCAGCAGCAAGUUGAUCGACCACCUAACAAAUCCAAUUAAUUGUUGCAAAAUCGUUUUGUUAAAUUGUGUGUGUUUGAGCGUGUGUGCAUGUGUGAUCGAAAUCGCGCCAAUAAAAAGUCCAUCAAGUGGAAGUGUGUUGCGUGUGUAUUCAGACAAAUAAAAUGGUGUAUCAAUCAUCGAAUGCGCGAGCAAUGUCAAAAUCAAUUCAGACGACCAGUAAACAAGCACAAUCUCAUCAGCUGCAACAAGAAGAAAGUGGCAAGAGAAUGUCAUCGUCGUCAUCAUCGUCGAAGCCAAGUGCGAGCGUAUCGCAUCACGGCCGACAGAUGACAAGCGAAAAUGCAAAUGUUAAAAGUCAAUGUCGACGAGAAUCGCAGCCAGCGAUGUACAAUCAAAAGCAGUCGUAUCGAUCGGAAUCGUCAAGUGGACAUUUGAUGGGUGCGGGUGUGAAAAGUCGAAAUGAUCAUAAAAGUGAUAGUUAUCAACAGGAUCAAAACAACGAUAAUCGAUACCACAGCGGCGACCAACGUUUCAAUGGUGCGCCAAUGACCGACAUUCCCGACGACGACGACGACGACGACGACGACGAUUUAGCCGAGAAAGUCGACCCAGAGCUGAUUUUCACGAAACAAGAGCGAAUCGGAAAGGGAUCAUUCGGUGAAGUUUUCAAAGGAAUCGACAAUCGAACACAGCAGGUGGUAGCCAUUAAAAUCAUUGACUUGGAAGAGGCCGAAGAUGAAAUCGAAGAUAUACAACAGGAAAUUAUGGUGCUAUCACAGUGCGACUCGCCGUUCGUCACAAAAUACUAUGGGUCCUUCCUCAAGGGUACGAAACUCUGGAUUAUCAUGGAGUAUUUGGGUGGCGGAUCAGCGUUGGAUCUUAUGAAGGCUGGUUCAUUCGAGGAAAUGCAUAUUGCCAUUAUAUUGCGUGAAGUUCUCAAAGGUUUAGAUUAUCUGCACUCGGAGCGUAAAUUACACAGAGACAUAAAGGCUGCCAAUGUGUUGCUCAGUGAAAUGGGUGACGUGAAACUAGCUGAUUUUGGUGUGGCGGGUCAACUCACCAACACCACAUCCAAACGGAAUACAUUUGUUGGUACACCAUUUUGGAUGGCACCUGAGGUUAUCAAACAGUCGAUGUACGAUUCGAAAGCUGACAUCUGGUCACUGGGCAUCACAGCGAUCGAAUUGGCCAAAGGUGAACCGCCCAAUUCUGAACUACAUCCGAUGCGUGUACUGUUUUUGAUCCCGAAAAACAAUCCACCGCAAUUGACCGGCAACUAUACAAAGUCAUUCAAGGAAUUUGUCGAAGCUUGUUUGAAUAAAGAACCGGAAAAUCGACCGACAGCUAAGGAGCUUCUCAAAUUUCAAUUCAUCAAGAAAGCCAAAAAGAAUUCGUACCUCAUCGAUUUGAUCGAUCGAUAUAAAAAGUGGAAAACGCAGAAAGGCGAAGAAAGCGAAACAGAAUCGGAAAAUUCAGAUUCUGAGGAAUCAAAGCCAGACAGUGACUUAGACGAGCCAUGGAUAAUGACGGUGAAAGGAAACAAUUUCAAUAAUUCAAAUAAACAGGGCGCUGCCAUAUUGAGUGGUGACGAUGCCAUUCUGUCAACAUCACCAUACAAACACAACGGUUCGAGUAAUUCAUUAACUAGGGAUUCAAAUCUAAAUCAUUACAAAGUGAAUCAGCAGUCAAGGCCUUCAGCGACAACAACCGCAACUCCGAUUACAACCAAUGCUGUGUCGCAUACGAUAUCGAUAGAAAAUCAUGACAAUAGCAAAUCUAUCAAUCUGUCACAGUCACCCAACCACUCGAAAUCGAUUCCAUUGUCGCCGCAAAAGGAGAAAGACAAGCACGAACGACACAAGAAAGACGACAAUGACGGAUGGGAAUACGAUCAAGACACGAAGGAUAAGGAGCGAGAGGAACGAGAGCGCGAACAACAGGAUCGAGAAAGAGAAAGAGAGCGUGAACAACGGGAACGAGAAAGAGAAAGAGAGCGCGAACGGGAACGGGAACGGGAACGCGAGAGAGAACGUGAGAGAGAGCGCGAAAGAGAAAUUUUACGUGAAAAGAAACAACAACAGGCUGAUCAACCAUCGUCAAAAAGCGAUGAAAGACGAUCGUCGAGUCUGCGACGCGAGAAUCGUGACAGUGUCAAGGAAAUUUCCCAAAAUGGCAACAAUGGAAAUGUGUCAUCUAGCAAGAGUAUCACAAACAUUGCCCCAUCAACACCGCAGAAAGCUGGUCGCAUGUCAAAUGGCAAUAUGAGCAGUAGCAAUGUGAACAGUGUUAUAUUUCCGCUUCUGUCGGAUAUUCAAAAGAAGUAUCAUUACUCUGGUAAAAAUGCAUCAACGGUGGAUAUCAUCGAUCUGCAAGCCGCAUUCGAAAUGGCCGAACGAAGCUGUCCAGGCAUUAGUGAUUUAUUCGUAAAGGAAAUUAUUCACAAAUUAAUACCUGGCUAUUCGGAGACCCGAAUCAAUACGCUUAUUGAGAAAGUUUUGCGGAAAAAUCUACAAAGAAACAACUCAAAUCACUAGGCUUUUCCUUGUUUUGAAAUUGUAUUUAUCUUCGUUUUUGUUUGAAAUAUUGUUGUGUAAUAUAGAUAAAGAAGAAAAAUGUGCAUCAACAUCCGUCAUGUAUCCUUGACAUCUUCAAGAUAAUCAAAAAAAAAGAAGCAAAAAAGAACAAGAAAGAAAUCACAACCUCCCCACUACACCUAAAUAGAUUUUAUCGUUUCAUUGAUGAGUCAAUCUGUUUGGGAGAAUUUUCAUUGGAUAAAAAAAACAGAAGCAGCAGCGCCACCAGAGAGGCCAACAUUGAUUUAUUUGAAUUGUGUGAAACGAUGAUAUAUUUUUCCUAAAUGCAAAACUACAUUUAAAAUACUAUCGUCAAUAAAAUAGAAAAAGCAAAACAGAAACAGACAAAAUAAGCAUUGAACAUACGCAAGAGAGAAAUGUAGCAGAGCAGAUGGCUAAAACUGGUUAUUUUUUUAAACUGACUUAACACGAAAUAGCGUGUAGAAAAUACAAUUACACUUGACACUUGAAUUUAAACAUUUAAAUGAAUAAAUAGACAUCAAAAAUUUAGAGCCCAAACAAAUAUUUAACGACACAAGAAAAAACUAUUAAACUAAAGGCAAAACAUUUAAAUACAUACAUGAACAAAAUCAAUAAGAAAAAAAAACAAAAUUCCACCAAACAUUCAAGAGCAAGCAUUGAAGUUGUUGAGAAUUAUUAUUACUAUUAUUAUUAUUAUUAUUAU